AUGUACACAGCUGAUAAAACGAUCGAUUGGUAUACUCAAGAUUGUUUUGUUUAUCGUUUAGUUAAUCAAGCAUUUCAUACAGAGGAUAUUAUCUUAUGGUACUUAUUUCGAUUCCUUAUUAUCGAUCUUUGUACUCAAUUGGAGAAAGUUCAUAAAGAACAAAAUAUUCAAGAAUAUUUAAAACUUUAUCGUGGUCAAGCACGAUUACCAACGCAAGAAUUAGAAAAUCUACGCUUCAAUAUUGGUGAUUGUAUUUUAACGAAGGCUUUUCUUUCAACAAGUAAAGACAUCAAAGUCACUCAACAGUUUAUCAUAGGUGCAAAGGACAACGAUGAUUUCAAAGUCGUCAUAUUUGAAAUUAUAGUAAAUGUAUUUCAAUUAAGAAGUUUUAUUUUUGUUGAUAUUGAUCAAUGUCAAAGAAAAAAUGGAGAACAAGAAAUUUUAUUCAAUAUUGAAUCAGUUUUUAAAAUUCAGAAUGUUGAAUAUGAUUUUGAAUUGAAUGUCUGA